AGCAGGUAAUGAUGAUACAGUAUAUAAGCCUGUUGUCUCUGCCCAGGUACUCACACUAGACCUGGGCUGUCAGGUCCACCAUAUCACCUGAGGAGAUUAUCACCAGCCAGAGGGAGACGUCAACACCUCCAGGAUGAGUUCCCUGACCUCUGACCCUAACCAGACAGACGUCAACACUAUCAUCCGACCCCCUUACUUCUUCAUCAGUGGUUUCAGAGCCAUCCCCAACAUGAAAUACUACUACAUCUUCCUCUGUUUUGUUUACAUCAUCUCUCUGGUGGGCAACACCUUCGUCAUGACUGGCAUCUACGUGGACCGCAGUCUCCACAGCCCCAAGUACAUCGCUGUGUUCAACCUGGCCUUCACAGACGUGUGUGAAAGCACGGCCCUGGUUCCCAAGCUGCUGGACAUGUUUCUGUUCAGCAGACAGCUCAUCUCCUACGACCAGUGUCUCACGAGCCUCUUCUUCGUCUUCCUCUUCAUCACCAUGCAGUCCUUCAACCUCACCAUCCUGUCCUAUGACAGACUGGUGGCCAUCUGCUGCCCGCUCAGGUACCACAUGAUGAUCACUCACAGGUCCAUGCUCCAGCUGACGGGGGCCGCCUGGGCGUUUGCUGUGUUGAUGAUGUUGAUCUCUGUGUGUCUCAUCACCCGGCUCUCUUUCUGUAGGUCUCUGGUGAUCGACAGCUACCUCUGUGACCACGGUCCCCUGUUCCGCCUGGCGGCCCCCUGUUCUAACGUGGUCCCUAAUCAGAUGAUGGCGUAUCUCAACCCCUGUAUAGUUCUCUAUCUCCCCAUGGUCUUCAUCAUAUCAUCAUACAUCUGUAUAACACACGCCCUGUUCACCGUCACACUGCCCCAGGACAGACUCAGAGCCAUAAAGACAUGUACCUCACACCUAAUACUGGUGGCCAUAUUCUACCUGCCUGUUAUUUUAACAUACCUCCUCCAAUCCCUCAUACCAACCAACGCCCGGAUCAUCAACCUCUCCCUGACCUCGAUACUGCCACCAAUGCUCAAUCCCAUCAUAUACGUUCUGAAGACGGAGGAGUUUAAGGUAUCGGUCAAGAAGAUGCUCAGAAGAGGGGCCCAAAGAGCUGUGACGCAGGGCAAAGGAGUUAUUUUACUACGACACCACUUGCACAUUCUUCUUUCAUUGUUCUCUCUGCAUGUUCCUGCAAACAGACCUUUCAUUGUUCUCUCUGCAUGUUCCUGCAAACAGACCUUUCAUUGUUCUCUCUGCAUGUUCCUGCAAACAGACCUUUCAUUGUUCUCUCUACAGCAGACCAGGACCGUUCAUCCUGAUUCCUGCAGCAUGGCUCACGAGCAGUCAGUCCUUGUCUCUUCCAAUGCCACAUUCGUCCGUCCGUCAUAUUUCUACAUUAAUGGUUUCGAGAACAUCCCUCACAUCAAAUACUACUAUGUGUUCCUGGGUCUGGUCUACGCCGUGACAGUCCUGGCUAACUCCUUCAUCAUGACAAUUAUCUACCUGGCCAGGAACCUCCACACGGCUAAGUACGUCGUAGUCUUCAACCUGGCUGUGACAGACCUGUGUGGGAGCACGGCUCUCAUCCCAAAGCUCAUAGAGACUUUUCUGUUUGAGAAGCAGUACAUCUCCUACGAGGCCUGUCUCAGCAGCAUGUUCUUUGUCUAUGUCUUCAUGACUAUGCAGUCUCUCUCUCUCCUCACCCUGGCCUACGACAGGUUCGUUGCCAUCGUCUUUCCUCUCAGGUACCAUGUUAUUGUGACCAGAACGGCCAUGGUGGUGAUCCUAGUAGUACUGUGGCUGUUCACGCUGGCUUUGAUAUCCUUCACUGUUAGCCUCAUAACUCGCCUCUCCUUCUGUGGCUCUCUGGUGAUAAAGAGCUUCUUCUGUGACCACGGCCCAACCUAUGCACUGUCCUGCAACAACAACUCUCUCAACAACAUCAUGGCUUGGGUCUGUUUCCUGGUGGUAAUGUGUGUCCCCAUCAUACUGAUAGUCCUCACGUAUUUCUGCAUUGCCAUCGCGUUGAUCAGGAUCGCCACGGGGGAGGAGAGGGGUAAAGCCAUGAGAACAUGCACCUCUCACCUAAUUCUAGUGGCCAUCUUCUAUCUGCCCAUGGUGGGUAAUAACAUAGCUGCAGUAGUCAGCUACAUACAUCCUAAUGCCAGGAUCAUCAACAACUCAUUGACCCAGACCUUGCCUUCUAUGUUGAACCCCAUCAUAUACUCACUGAGGACAGAGGAGGUCAUGGACGCCAUCAGAAAGAUAUACAAAAGGAACACUGGAAAACUGAACACAAUAAGUUGACCUGUCACAAUAAAAAAAUACAAAUUAAUAAAUGACUUAAGUGUGUACAUAGUUUCUAGUCUGAAAAUAUAUCUAAUUUAAUUUACACCCCCCCCUCCCCCUCUCCUUUCAAACCUAGUCUCCUUCAAUUUACUGAGGAAAAUAAAGGUUAUACUGCCACCCUGUGGCUAAAGUCUGUAACAUGUGGUGCUGUAAACAAAAGGCCCAGUGUUGAACUACACAAGGUUGAAUGUGAUGGAAGUAAUUUUUUUCAACAGAUAAAUAAAAAUAAGACAAAGAAAACCAA